UCGGGGGUGAGUUGGAAAUGGACAAUUUAGAAGAGACAUCACUCAUAUCAGAAGGUGACAAUGCUGCCUGCUUUGUUGUUGGAGAUGGUCUGGGAGCUUUGGAUGGCAAUGCAUUGUUCUUGCAGUCAGGUCAGUCAGUCCAGCUUGAAGAUGGAUCAACAGCCUUCAUAUCUGAAGACGGCAGUCUUCAGCAGAUUGAAUUAGAGAAUGGAGCCGCUACUUUUGUAACUCUUAAUACCGAAAUAGACUCAGAGACUCCUAGCUCGUUUUUAAAAGUAGAGUGUGACUCUGAUUUAAAAGAGGAUACCUCAUUCAAAAAAAGAUUAUUGACUGAUAGGAAACCUGACAUCUCAAUCUCAGACAGUGCAGAUCUUGGGUAUACUCUGGACCUGGAAGAUGAUCAGGGAACUACAUUUUCCAUUCUUCACUUUGAAGAGUCAAAUGAUGCCCAGGACCCAGGAUCAGUGAAGCGAUCACUUUUGGAUGAGGAUGACUUAUCUCGUAGUAGUUUGGGAGACUGUGCGCCAAUCAGAAGUGUGUUAAUAGAUCCUGAUGAACCAAUUGUUGUUGGUGAUGAUAUGAAUGAUGAAAACUGUCAUGAUAAUGAAAAUGAAUUUUUCAAUAAUCAUGAAGAUGAUGAUGACGGUGAUAAUAUGAUUGAGGACCCAGAUGAAGAUGAUUUUCCAAAUUUAAGAUUAAAGGUCAUAAAUCCUUCACGUCGAAAACAUGUCAGAACUGGAAGAACAAAAAUAUACUCUUGCUCUGUCCCUGGCUGCUCCAAAACGUAUACUGCAUUACAUCAUUUGAAGGUGCAUGCAAGGACUCAUACAGGUGACCGACCAUUUCUUUGUACGGAGCCCUCAUGUGACAAAAGAUUUGGGACAAAUUAUGCCUUGAAGGCUCACAUCCGAACACAUACUGGUGAAAAACCAUAUAUCUGUCCAGAAGAGAGCUGUAGCAAAGGUUUCAAGACAUCGGGAGAUUUACAAAAGCACAUCAGAACUCAUACUGGAGAGCGUCCUUUCAAAUGCAAUGUUCCUGGCUGUGAUAGGUCUUUUACCACAUCAAAUAUUCGUAAAGUACAUGUUCGCACACACACAGGUGAGCGACCAUAUGAGUGUACUGAGCCAGGUUGUGGUAGAGCAUUUGCUUCAGCCACUAAUUUUAAAAACCACAUGCGUAUCCAUUCUGGAGAAAAGCCAUAUGUCUGCACAGUAAAGUUAUGUGGACGAAGAUUUACAGAGUAUUCAUCAUUGUACAAGCAUCAAACUGUUCAUACACAACAAAAGCCAUAUGAAUGUAAGGAUUGUGGACGUAAUUAUCGCCAGUCAUCAACCCUCACCAUGCAUCGUCGAACCGCACAUGGUAUAAUUCAAACAACAGAUGGUACAGAAAUAAUGUUGCAGUUUCCUCCUAUAGCACCAGACAAAAUUGAAAGCUACAUGUUUUUGGAAUUAUCUGAAGAAAACAGCACCCUUGUCCAGUUCAAUUCAAAUCAAAUACUCGAAUCAAUUGAAUCGUCAACUCCAUCACCUGCCUUACCUGUCAGAGCUGAAGAUGACAGUGAAGAUGAAGACGCAGUGAUUAGACCCAGCAUAUCAAUCGAUGACGACGACAGUAGUCUAAAGCAAAUAUUUGUUGUGACGGAUGACGCGGACAUCACUGCAUAUGAUGAGAGUUUUGACCCAUUGGACAGUACAGUUGUUUAAGUGAACUUGUCAUUAGUUAGCCAGUUACAGGUGAAAUUUCAUGCUCCUCUAUGGCUAAGAAAUGAACUUAACUUAUAGAUACAGUAUUUAAAAUUUGAAGAUUCCACCUCUUUAUUACUUUUUGUGUUGUACAUCUCAGUAGUUUUUUUGGAUCUAUUACUCCUCUCUGAUUAAAUCUGAGCUCAGGCUUUCUAUUUAUUGUUACUAACAUUUGGAACUGUAGGAAAACCAAUUUAAAACUAGAGGUUAUUUUUUCUGUAUGCUGUCCAAACCUAUUUUUGGGUAACCUCUUGAUUAUUGGUUCAUUUGAAAAAUUUCUGAACAGUUAAACAAUUCCUAAUAAAAAUUUGAGAAUUCCAAUUUGAAUAUGUCUGUAGCCAUGUUUUUUGAAAGCAAGACAGAUAAAAUUUAUGAAAUAGAAUCUUGAACACAACCAGGAAGUCAUUAUUUAAUAUAGCCAUAGAUUUUAUGUUCCCUGUCAGGGAACUUAGACACCCUGUGAAAACCGGAUCAAGUCCUGUUACUAUUCGAAGCUAGAUACAAUUGUGAUAGAGGACCUUGAAGGUUGUAUUGUUUUUAUUUUACUUUAUUGAUAAAGUAUUGUGUUUAUAAAGUGUGCAAUAUGUGAUCUCAUGUAAUGGAGAGUUAAGGAGCUUGAGACUUCUGAACAAAUGUGAUAUUUCCUUAUUUACAGUGUUUGCUCAUACUGAUCGAAACUUUUUGUAAACUAAUCUUUCUAAUAUGUAUGACGUAAGGCGUUACAAAUUGUCAGGGGUUUGUGUAUCAAAGCAUGCUAUUAUAUUCCUGUUUGUGUGUGUUUUAGGAGAUGAGGUGUACUACCAAAGAUGAUGUUUGAAAUGUGUAGAAAAGAAACAUGUGACGUUUGUUUGUUAUUUCGCUUAGUUAGUGUGUUCUUGUUUUUUAAAAAAAAUCUUUUUUGUUGCUACAUUUAUGUUUCCUUUGCUGGAGCUCAAAGCUACAUUUAGUACCAUUGUUUUGUAACAUUUGUGUCAGCUGCUUGCAGUAAUACCUGAAAAGUACUUGGUGCCGAUUUUGUUGUGUGUAAACCUCCUGCCUAAAAUGAAUUGCAAAAUUAAUAAUUAAAAAAAUGUGUUGAAUGGUGUA